UCCCUUAGAUUUGAUCUCAAAAAAUGAACAAAACGAAGCCCCAAGUUAAGUCCCUCUUCUUAGCUGCGAGGUUCAAGAAUAGGAGAGACCCAUUUUUGCAGAGGAUUUGGGAGAAAUCUUACAGCCAUGAUAAGCGUUCUUGCUCAGGAGCGUCUAUUGGGCGCCGCAGCUGGAAGCAUAGUCACCGCAAUCGUUGUAUUUGAUCAACGCCGAAGCAUCUACAGCUCAAUUUCCGGCACGAAACCUGAAUCCGUUGCCCAAUAUCGGAGGAUUGAGCCCUUAUUUGGAAGGAAAUCUUGCUCAGAGCUUGCACACCUCUGGAACAAAGCUGUGGAUGAGACAUUUCGACCAGUUAUUGAGUCCCUUACUUCAUCCGGAUGGUAGAUUUAUUUGAGUGAAUCUACCUGUAUAAUGUAUGGAAGUCUUAUUCUGUGGCCUUUAGAAUUUGCCUACAAAUUGUAUCUUUUUACAAAUUUGAGAAAUCAGAACGGCUUGCACCUUGACCAUGAUGCAAAGACAUAAUCAUAUUGCCAACUUCUUUGUUUCUUGUUUUCAAUUUUACGUUAAUGACUAUGCCCGUCCUGUUCUUACAUGAUAAAUUAUCUUUCUUGUUUU